AUGGCGUUGUUUCCUCCGCCUGGGCCGUGCGCCAUCACCAGCAUUUGCCCGCCCAGUGAAAACCUCCCAGCUGUCAACAAGCCGGCCGCACGUGGCGCACGUGGCCCAUGUGCCGGCGCGGCGCAGGUGGGGUUGGGCCUGGCGCUGGCAGCCCGACACCAGCGUUCCCGGCAUUCAGGAUGCCAGGGCGUUUUGAGGCGUGAACUGAAUCUGGAGAUUUUACUCAAAGCGCUCAACCUCGACCGGGAGACGCUGACCCUCACGAGUGGUCCAGCACCGCGCAUGGGCUCGGUCUUUGGAGACAUGGCGAAGAGGCAGAAGGGCCCUGGCACAGUCUCCUUAGAGUCUUUGAGUGCGCAGCUGGAGGGAACAGAAGUGCUGGCCAAGCGGCCAGAUGGCCUUGAUGCUUUCAUUUGUACUCAUCAUGGGACCUUUCAUGCUGAUGAGGUCAUGGCUUGUGCGAUGCUGAAAUGUCUGGAGAACUUCCAAGGACUGCCCAUUUUGCGCACCCGGGACCCUGCGGAGAUUGACCAGGCGACGAUCGUGGUCGACGUUGGUGGCACCUAUGAGCCUGAGAAGCAACGCUUUGAUCAUCACCAGAAGACUUUCACAGAGACCUACUCGGAGGCUUACAGCGGCAUCAAGCUCUCGAGCGCCGGGCUGGUCUUCAAGCACUUUGGGGCCCAGGUGGUCCAGGCACUUUGUGGUCCGUUGGAGGAGAAAUCCCAGGCGGCUAUAUUGGCCAAGACCUAUGACAGCUUGAUCCGUGAGCUCGAUGCCUUGGAUAAUGGCGUCCAGGUUGCAGAUGAGCCGCGAUACCGCUUCGUGACCCACCUGGGGGCACGUGUGGGACGCUUGAAUCCCAGUUGGCAGGAGGAGAACAAUCCAGCAGCUGAGAACACACGCUUUAAAGAGGCCUUGCUCCUGGCAGCCAAGGAGCUCUGUGACAUUGUGGGAGGCUACAGUAAUCAUUGGCUGCCGGCACGUUCAAUCGUGGACGAGGCCCUCAGCCAGCGGAAGGACGUGCACCCUUCCGGAGAGAUUAUGAAGCUGAAGCAGUUUUGCCCUUGGCAAGAUCACCUCUUUGACCUGGAGGAAGAAGAACAGGCACAUCGCAGCCCAUUGGUGAAGUACGUGAUCUUUCAGGAUAGCCGUGGCAGCUGGCGCGUGCAAGCAGCUCCAAAGGUGCGUGGCAGCUUUGAGCUAAGGCAAAAGCUGCCCAGUGCGUGGUGUGGUGUCCGCGAUGAUGAGCUCUCAAAGAUUGCGGAGAUUCCAGGCUGCAUCUUCGUGCAUGCCAAUGGCUUCAUUGGUGGGAAUGCGACUGAAGAGGGCGCCCUGGCCAUGGCCACCAAAGCGCUGUGA